AUGGCAGCGCAGCGCGCUGGAUGCGGCAUCAUGGCUCGCGGCGGACGACGUCUCCUCGCGGCCCGCGCACUUUUACAUCCGCAGUCACGGGUUUCCCGGCCCCGUGCCGUGGACGUGGGUGCAAGGCGUGCUCCGCGACGAGUUCACACUGGGCGGCCGCAUCCAGGUGCGGUCACGGGCACUAGGCGAUGGGGCGAGGGUGGGAGGGAGAGGGAUGGGAAGAAGACGGGGGUGCGUCCACGCUUCUUCGGCAAAGAAGCAAUGGACUCGGGCAAGCAGCUCAAGGCAUGGCGCAACGAGGAGAUCGGUCACAACGCGUUCAAGCGCUACCCCGUGAGCGGCAAGUUCGUUCUCGUCAUCGGCAGCCAGCGGCCGUGGGUGGAGGCGAUCUGCCUCUCAUUCAAUGCAGGCACAAUCACAACCGUAGAUUUCAACAAGCCCGUCUCAUCUCAUCCUCGGCUGCGGCUGAUGACAGUGGAGGAGCUAGAGGGCACGGACGAGGUGUUUGACGUGGCGGUGUCGUUCUCCUCGCUGGAGCACGACGGGCUGGGGCGCUAUGGCGACCCCAUCAACCCCUUCAGCUACCUGCAGCGCAUCUAG